CUGCUCCGCGCGCGUUGGACACGUGCGGAGCCGGACUGACACUCGCCGCCGCUCUCCGGAGGCUCGGCGCCACUGGGCCCCGCAGGUGCUAAGAUUGCGGACCGAGGCGCGUCCGGGCAGAUUAUGUGAUCGCCUCCGUGUCGGGGUGGAGGACUUCGCUUCGGGGAGGGAAGAGGAGGGAUCGGCGGUUCGCUCCUCUCCGGCGGCGCGGCGCGGCGCAGCGACUCGGCUAGGCGGAGUUUCGCGGCCGCCGCACCACAGUCGAGCCAGGCGAGCCGGCGGGGAGGUCGCUCCAUCCAGUCCCGGCGGCCACGAAAGCCCCGGCACCGGAGCGCCGGAGCGGGCAGGGCGAAGGCCGGGGGGGACCGAGGGAACGAAGGAGCGAGCCGGCGAUUGCACCCCCCGCCGACCCCAGCGACGCAGCGCCGGGCGGCAUGGAGAAGGAAGGGCUGAGCCGGGCGGACCAGCAGUACGAGUGCGUGGCGGAGAUCGGGGAGGGCGCCUAUGGCAAGGUGUUCAAGGCCCGCGACCUGAAGAACGGAGGUCGGUUCGUGGCACUGAAGCGCGUGCGGGUGCAGACGGGCGAGGAGGGCAUGCCGCUCUCCACCAUCCGCGAGGUGGCGGUGCUGAGACACCUGGAGACCUUCGAACACCCCAACGUGGUCAGGUUGUUUGAUGUAUGCACAGUGUCACGAACAGACAGAGAGACCAAACUAACACUAGUGUUUGAACAUGUUGAUCAAGAUUUGACCACUUACUUGGAUAAAGUUCCAGAGCCUGGAGUGCCAACUGAAACCAUAAAGGAUAUGAUGUUUCAGCUUCUCCGAGGUCUGGACUUUCUCCAUUCUCACCGAGUUGUGCAUCGUGAUCUGAAGCCUCAGAACAUUCUGGUGACCAGCAAUGGACAAAUAAAGCUAGCCGACUUUGGCCUUGCCCGAAUCUAUAGUUUUCAGAUGGCUCUUACCUCAGUGGUUGUCACCUUGUGGUACCGGGCUCCUGAAGUCUUGCUCCAGUCCAGCUAUGCCACCCCCGUGGACCUCUGGAGUGUUGGCUGUAUCUUUGCAGAAAUGUUUCGAAGAAAGCCUCUUUUUCGUGGAAGUUCAGAUGUGGAUCAACUGGGAAAAAUCUUGGAUGUGAUUGGACUCCCAGGAGAAGAAGAUUGGCCUAGAGAUGUUGCCCUUCCUAGACAGGCUUUUCAUUCCAAAUCUGCUCAGCCCAUUGAGAAGUUUGUAACAGAUAUUGAUGAACUAGGCAAAGACCUACUUCUGAAGUGCUUGACAUUUAAUCCAGCCAAAAGAAUAUCUGCCUACGGUGCCUUGUCUCACCCAUACUUCCAAGAUGUGGAAAGGCGCAGGGAAAACCCAGAUUCCCACCUGCCGCCUAGCCAGAACACCUCAGAGCUGAAUACAGCCUGAGGCCCCCUGGCUGCCUCAAGCUGAGCAUCUGGAGAACACCCUUGGUGGCCAGUGGAACCCCUGAGCAAGCCCUGCAGAGCUGUUGAGGGCACUGUCUGGAGGCCUUCCAGAUGCUGUCUUCUGGUUGGGCUCUUCUUUCUCCAAGGAAACCACCUAGUUUACUGUUUUGAAAUCAAUGCAAGAGUGAUUGCAGCUUUAUGUUCGUUCAUCUGUCUGUCUGUCUAUCUGUCUGUUUCAAAAACCUGGAAAAACUCCAGAAGAGAAGCUGCUGACCAAUUGUGCUGCCAUUUCAUUUUUUCUAACUUUAAAUGCUGCCAGUGUGGAGUGGGUAAACCAGGCACAGCUGACUUAUGAUGUAAUCUCUCUGCAGCUGCCAGGCCUGAUUUGGUACUUUUGAAUUGUGUGUGUGUGUGUGUGUGUGUGUGUGUGUGUGAGUGAGUGUGAGAGAGAGUGGGAGAGUGGGAGAAAGACAGAAGGAGGGAGAGAAAGGAGAGAGAUUUUUGCAAUCUCUUAAAGUGUUACUUUCUGUAAACAACGAGAAUAAUUGAGUUUCGAAGAUUCCAGGUGACUGGUGAGUAACGUGUGCUUGUUCACGGAAGGUGAUUUGCCAGAGCAAUCUUCUCAAAUUAGUUGAGCCUAAGUCCUCGGCAUUUCUUUUCUGGCCAAAAGCUUUUGCUAGCAGAGAAAAAAAAAAGAUAAAGUUCUAGGCACAAAUCGAAAGGAAAAAAAAAGAAAAAGAAAAAAAUAUCUAAUACCUUUUAGGACACCUGUUUUUUAAAAGCAUGCAUUCUUAUUUACUCUUCUAAAGCUGAGUUUACUCGUUGUAAGUCCUUCUAUAUAGUAUCAUACUUUAUUGGUUCUUUUGGAAAAUAACCUUAUAAGCUUUGUGUUACUUGCUAUAGAUUUAGGGAAUAUACCUCAAAUACAUUUUUUUAAAAAAAAAAGUAGGGAAAGCCUUUAUUUUCUGGGUUGAAAUGUCAUUAUUUCCUUUGUUGUUGUUAUUUUUUUGUUUUAGCAAUUUGCUAAGCUAGUUCUUUAAGUAGUAAUGUAAUGACAUUUAA